GUGAAAACGAGUGGUUUUGUCACGGGACUACAUUUCCCGUGCGGUUGUGGGCGUGGACAGGGCGAAUACGCAGCAACACGCCGUGGAUCCCCCCUCGCUUCUCUUCUGUGAACUCUGGAAAACAAGUUGUACAUUGAUCCGUUAAGGGAGCGCCGCUGCUGAUCGGCAAGUAAAAACAGCUGCGACAUCAGAGACACAGUCCCAACAAGAGAAGCUUCUUGCAAAACAUCUUGAUGAUCGGUGGAACAUCAGCCAUUGGAUUUUCCCACUGAACAGCGCAAGUCAUGUACCAAGUAGUGCCAGGGGGAGCAGGGGGCACAAUUACAGAUGUCAUCCCCAAGCAGAAACACAGCAAGGACACUCGACCCCUGGUUGGAGCUGGAGUUAUCGGUCUGGUGCUGGUGAUUGCAGCCGUGACCGCUUGGUGUUAUUACAUAGCCUCCCUACGAAAAGCUGAGCUUCUUAAGACUCAGCUGCUGGAUCUGAAUAAAGAUGGCUACAUUAUCCGCAACCAGGGAGGGUCUAUUGUUUUCAGAAUGGAUUUCAGAUCUGGGACCCUUGAUUUGGAUUCCUGCUCCAAAGAAGGUGAAAUUCUGAGCUGUGGACGCACCACUGAUAGAAAGCUAAACUUCUUCAUUAUGACAGUGCGUCCCAAGGACACAGUGCAAUGCUACCGUGUGCGUUGGGAGGAAUUGGUUCCCGAUAUUCCCGUUGAGCAUGCCAUGACGUACAAGUUUGCGCACUGGUACGGCGGUGCGGUGUCAGCAAUUCAGCACUGGCCUAUUUCUCUUUCUGGUCAACAGGCUCCCAAACCCUUUGUUACUAGUGACAUCUACUCAAACCGAAAUGAAUUUGGUGGAAUUUUAGAGAGUUACUGGCUUUCAUCCAACGCUACUGCCAUCAAGAUCAACAAUUCUGUGCCCUUCCACCUGGGUUGGAAUGACACAGAAAAGACCAUGUACUUCCAGGCGCGUUACAAUGAUAGUCCCUUCAAGCCAAACCCGGGAGAGGCACCCUAUGCUGAGCUUAGCUACAGAGUUUGUGUGGGCUUGGACGUGACGUCCAUGCACAAGUACAUGGUCCGCAGAUACUUCAACAAACCAAACAAAGUGCCUGCCAAAGCCAUGUUUCGCCAUCCUAUUUGGUCGACGUGGGCAUUGCAUAAAACGGAUAUUGACCAAGAAAAACUUUUGGCAUAUGCUGCCAACAUCCGCAAACAUAACUUCAACUGCAGCCACUUAGAGCUAGAUGAUCGCUACACCAGCCGCUACGGGGAUUUUGAGUUUGACCCAAUAAAGUUCCCCAAUGCCUCUGCAAUGUUCCAAAAGUUAAAAUCAGAUGGAUUUCUGGUGUCUCUUUGGAUUCACCCUUUUGUGAACUAUGAGUCAGAAAACUUCCAUACAUGUGUGGAGAGGGGCUUGUUUGUACGAGAGCCCACAGGGCAGCUGCCGGCUCUGGUGCGUUGGUGGAAUGGCAUUGGUGGCAUUUUGGAUUUUACGAACACAGAAGCCCGUGAUUGGUUUUCCUCCCAGCUACGUUCACUGCGCUCCAAGUAUGGGGUGUUCUCUUUUAAAUUUGAUGCAGGGGAGACCAACUACUUACCAUGGAAAUUUAGCACCAAGACUCCCAUUCGCGAUCCAAGUUUUUUCACAAGACGUUACACAGAAAUGGCUAUCCCCUACAAUGAUAGAGCUGAGCUGCGCAGUGGUUACCAGUCCCAGAACAUAUCCUGCUUCUUCAGACCAAUUGACAGAGACUCCGUGUGGGGAUAUGAGCUGGGUCUCAAAUCUCUUAUUCCCACAGUACUCACCAUCAGCAUUCUGGGAUAUCAGUUCAUUCUACCAGACAUGAUCGGAGGGAAUGCCUAUCUGAACCGCACAGAUGGAAAUCGCGUGUUGCCCGAUCGGGAACUCUAUAUCCGAUGGUUGGAGCUGUCAGCCUUCAUGCCCUCCAUGCAGUUUUCUAUUCCACCAUGGGAGUACGACAACGAGGUGGUUGAAAUUGCUCGGAAAUACACAGCCCUCCACGAAAGCAUUGUGGCACCAAGGGUCCUGGAGCUGGCUGGUGAGGUGCUGGACACGGGGGACCCAAUCAUACGCCCCCUGUGGUGGAUUGCCACAGGUGACGAGACGGCCUAUAAAAUUGACUCCCAGUUCCUGAUUGGGGAUGACCUCAUGGUCGCCCCAGUUUUAGAGCCUGGAAAGCAAGAGCGUGACAUCUACCUCCCUGCUGGCCACUGGAAAAGCUACAAGGGAGAGAGAUUUGAUAUCAAGGAGCCGCUGCACCUCACCGAUUACCCUGUGGAUCUGGAUGAAAUCGCCUACUUUGUCUGGGUGCAGAGGGAAUGAACAGACAAACUUACUUAUGCUCCAAAUUGCUUGUGUGACAAGCUUCUAGUUUUUCUGUUUUUGGACACUACAGUCAUUAAACAAAAAGGUUUAUUUUAUGGAAAAACCAUCCUGCCUCAAAAUACAGGACAUUUGAUGGAAUUAAAUUUUUAACAUCACACCGCUAAACACAUUUCAUCACCCAGUAACACUCAAAAUCUUCAUUUUCUGUUGCAGUUUUCAUUUUAAUUUCAACUAAUGAAUGCAACGUAUUCUUUAACGCUUGGCUGUUUUAUUGAAAUAUAGAUGAGUAUCCUUUAAAGUGGGACAAUGUAACAAUGUGCUGAGUGACAGUUAUGGCUUAAUUAAGUGUAAUAAUACCACAGCACAGAAGAUUGUUGUUUACACGGCAGCAUCUGUGUAACAUUAGCCAACAAUGGUCAUCAUAAGCUGCCGGUUAUACCAGGUUCCUUAAGGUUAUAGUACAGAGAUUUGUAAUUUCAGUGUCCUUUUACGUUUCAGAAGUUACUUUGCUGUACUUUAAAGUC